GCGUCGUGCUCUCGGCGUAUCGAUAACUCGCCACGCGUCGUCCGCCUAUUAAGCGCGUGAGUCCGUCGAUCAACGAUCCCUCCUUCAGCCAAUUGCUCGACGAACUUUGACCAUCGUGAGUCGAUCCUUCGCGCGUCGGACAGUCAGCGUGAUCUCUUCCUCGCGUCACCCGCAUUCUAUCGGCGCGCAUCCUCCUUUCCGUUUCUGCUGCUUCGUCGGAGCGUGAGAGACCGUGAGCGGGAAUCGAGCGCAACAACGCUCGACUGUCACAGACUAAAGGGAUGCUAUCGAAAUGGAGUUGGCUCGUCCUUAAUCUUAUUGUUUAUGCGAGCGCUUUACCGGCGAAAGAAGAAACGAAGGCAUUGCUGGAGCUAACGCAGCUGGAUUAUGAAGAUGCGUGCUACAACACCGCCAGUGUUCAAUGGUCACUCAUCAUUUCUCCCUCCAAUAAAACAUUAUCGACAUGGGAAGCACAACAGCACAAGUACGCCGAGUUUAAGAAAUCGCAGAAAAAUCUGAUAAUCGAAAUAAUACAGAAAGAAAAACUCGAGCCAUUUCGAUACGUGUACGACGUAAUUGAGAAACCUGGUGACACAUUACUGAAAGAUGAAGACUGGAAGAAGUUCAUACAUUUUGUUGGCGUUGCGGAAUUGCAACAAUCAGCCGCCAAUCAUGUGAAUGGAUCGCAGAAUCGUUCACGAGAAGAUGUGGAACAUUUGCUCUCGCACAAUGGGAAACUUGAAGAUAAGCAGGCUGCCUGGAGCGCUUGGUAUCAACAGUUAACGCCACUAGUAACAAAUUAUACAAAUAAUUUACUGCUCGUUGCUGAAGCCGCGAAAGAAAAUGAUGCCGAAAAUGUUGAGAGAUAUUGGGAAAUGCUGACGGGAUAUCCCGAUGGAUAUGACAGGAUAAACAGCGAGUGGAGCCGGAUUAAUAAUCUUCAUAAGAAGGUUUUGAAAUUUGUCAGCACAAAUUUGGCGAAGAAAUAUGGAAUUACCAUAAAUCAAACAAUUCCUGCUCAUUUACUUGGUAGCUUACGAGGAUACGAUUGGACUGAUAUAUCAUCAGAUGCAUUGCCCUACUCAGACUUAAUUUAUGGUAUCAAGAAAAAUCUUUGGAAGAAGAAAUAUGUGGGACAAUCUUUAUACAAGAUCGCGUCUAGUCUGAGUUCGAUACUCUUGAAGGAAGUUCCGGAAGCGGAAUUCUGGGAGAACAGCGAGUUCAAUCGACAAUGUCCAUCGGUAUUGUUGAAUUUGUGUCGAUAUGGCAAAAUGAGAGUAUCUACGUGUUCCAAAGCUAGUAUGAGUAACUUCUUAACAGCCCAUGAAGAUGUCGGCAAGAUUGCGUUUAACCAAAUGUCCUCAGAGAACAUGCCCAUACUUAAUACAGCUAAUAGGUAUUCAGGAUUAGAGGAAAGUGUCUCGAUUCUCUUCGGAAUAUUGUCCGCGAAUCCCGCUUGGCUAAAUCACACUCAUUUAUCAAACGACGUCAGUAAUAAUGAACAACGUAUGAUUGCGUCGUUAAUGAUAACUGCUCUGCACGUGCUUCCGCGAUUAGCGUAUUAUUAUGCUGCCGAUUUGUGGAGAAUAAACGCAAUCGAGAAGAAUAUUACCGAUUCGUCGACUUUGAUAUCGUCCUGGUGGAAGUACAGGCAAGAGUACGAGGGUGUCUCCUCUAUCGACAUGGACAGUCCAACUUUCUUGGAUGACAGUGAUAUUAUCAGAAAUAAACCUUAUCUUCCCAAAAUUCUUGGCAUAAUGGUCGCUUUCCAAUUGUAUGAAUACACCUUGGAAUCGACCGAAGUCAGAUAUGACGAUAUCGAUGGGAAACUGAUGAAAGGCGAAAUAAUAAAAAUGAUUCAACGUAGCGGAGAGCACAGUUGGCAGGAUGACUUAAACAAAUUCCUAGAGAUAGACGAUAUAUCGGCGGACGCGCUUGUUUCGUACUUUACUCCAUUGGAAGAAUUUAUCGAGGAAAACGAGGACGUGUUCGAGUAUAAAUCUGGCGCGGCGGCAGACAAGGAACUCGAAGAAUUGGAGAAACGCAUUUUACACGAGAUCAAUAAUCCCACCACGACGCCCCUGCCGACCACUGCGACGUAUAGCUCUACAGUGAAAGCGUCUCUGCCGAAGACAACGAGCAGCGUGAAAAGUAGUAACGAGAAGCCAGAAAAAUCUUUAGAAUCUAAAUCGUCUGUGUACGUCUCGGAAAAUCAGUCGAAAAAUCCUGCCUCGAGCUUGCCGACGGAGGUUCCGCACGAAAAAUCGUUACUGACACCUGAUCUUUUGGACGAACAACAAAAUGACACACCAAAGAUUAACACUAGUAAGGCGGUAUGGGCCGUAAGCGCAGUUCUGAUAGCAAUAGUCGUUAUUUGUAUUAUUGUAAUUUUCGGGAGACAAAGAUGUCGUAAAACGCCAAAAAAUAGACGGUAUGUUUAGCGAACUUUAUACUGUGAAUUUUCGUUCUUAGACAUAUUUAUUUCUCUCGCAUUUUAGUCGCUAAGGAAUUUUGGUCCUAUACCUUAUUGUCACAAAUCAAGCAACGCCUCUCAUUAAGAGAGGGCCGUUCUCUAAUUGCUAUUUCAUUUUCAAGUAUUCAACAUCAGGCAUUCCUUUGUAAUAUGUUUUACAUGCUAUGAAUUUUUGUUUCUUCUUUUUCUUCUCAGAAAUUCUUCCCACACACAGAUGGCCAACGACAAAGUCUCACAUUUACCUUUUACCUCUACUUACGAGCCUUUUUCAGAAUGUUACCUGCUGUAGCACAUUAUUCUUCUUCUUCAUUACCAAUUACAGAAGUCAUUCUAUCAAUCUUUAUCGAUUUAUCGUUUGUCAUCGUAGGUAAUUAUUAUUAUAAUCUAUCUAAAUAAUAAUACCGUACACGGAAGAUUCUCCGAGCGAAUAUAAGAUUACGGUUUUUGCAUACUUGUAAUUUAUAUAUCGUACGUUAACUUUUAUAUGCACAUACAAAGUAUAAUUGAUGUAUAUGAAUGUUCUCUAAUGCCAACUAUACCUCGACACGUGGUUAUCGCUCCCAAUAUAUAUCAUAUCUAUAGCACAAUUAAUAAAGGUAUAUAAGCGUUGUACAGUAAUUACAGAUAGUUGAAAAGAGACGUUUCGAAAAGAGAGAGUAGAAUAGCAUAUUAAGAAAAUAGAGCUUAAUAUUGAUAAGUGUAAUAGUAAGAACCGGCUAAAUACUUUUGCGUAUAUACUUAGUAUAUAGAUUAUUAAUAGACUAUUUUUCUACAAGUAUUUAGUAUUGUUUUGGAGUAUUGUGCUUGUGCAUCGUUUAUAUAUCAUCACAAAAAAUUUAUAUUUUUUAUAAAACUGUCUUGUAUUCUUGUAUAAGCAAGACGAGAAAAUGUUCUAUAGAUAUAUAAUAAUUCGAUAGAUAGAUGCGGUUGUGCCAAAGAAAUCGCACAAUUUUAUUUGUAUAAUAUCUUCCAAGUCCGCAUAGUACACGAUCGACACCACAAUUUUUGCGAAAACGUUGCGUGUUGACAACGUUGUAUCUGUUGAUUAAAUAAAAUAUUUCACCGUUAAAAAAAAGAAAAA